GAUAAAACACGUUUCUAGCCCGAUAUAUUACCCCUCCAAAUGUACUCUUAUCAGGCUGUAUAAGAUCUGGGUUGCUCUGUUGUUGAGAUUUGUGGCUGGUCUGAUAGUUAUUGAAUUGCUGGAUUACUGAGAUUGAAGAAAACAUGGACGGUGAAGCAAUUGUUAAACCGCGGUCGCCGAUCAUUCUGCACUGGUUAGUCCAGUCGCGAUCGCAUCGCAUUCUGUGGCUUCUCGAAGAACUCGAGCUUCCGUACGAAGUCAAGGUCUACAAGCGCAACGCAAAGACACAGCUCGCCGACCCUGCGCUGAAAGCCGUGCAUCCGCGGGGCAAGUCACCAAUUAUCGAAGACGACGGGACCGUGAUUGCCGAGUCGGGCCUGAUAAUCGAGUACCUGAUUGAGAAGUACGGCAAGCACACGAGUCUGUAUCCCAAGACGCCCGAGGAUCUGCUCAAGGCGCGGUAUUAUCUGCACUAUGCCGAGGGCUCGUUGCAGCCGGUCUUGCUGUUUUUGUACAUCACGUAUAUGACGCGCAACGCGCCAAUGCCGUUUUUCAUCCGUCCGAUCGCGAGGCGGAUCCUCGACGCGAUGGAUAACGCGUUCGCGGCGCCUGACGCGAAGCAGCAGCUGCAGUUGCUCGAAGACGAACUUACGCGGAACGGAACGGGUUUCUUUGUCGGCGACUCGUGCACGGGUGCGGAUAUCAUCCUGAUCUUCCCGCUGCAGGGCGCGGUGACGAGAGCGGGACUUACGAAGAAGGCGUAUCCGGCUUUGUGGAAGUAUAUGAACGAUAUGCAGGAUAGGGAUGCGUACAAGCGGGCGAAUGAGAAGGUGGAGGCGUUGGGGAUGCCUGCUACCACUGUCAAGCUUUGAUUUGGUUGUUUUCUUGUUUUGCAAUUGGGUUUUCUUGUGGUUUUGAAGGGUGGGUAGGAUUUGUCGGUCUUUUGAUGUUAUCUAUAGUUUACGUGCUGCAACAAUGAUGUCCAUGCUGUUUGACUUCUUUGUAGCAAUCUCGGCUUUUUGUUAUCUACACCUCUUCCAAUAACUCGACAACACAACCCUCGCACCAUCUAUAAUCGUACCAUCAUCAAAUGACGGUAUCCAGCAUACAAUAAUCCCAGAUAUCAAUUAGUAUGAAGAUACCGAUUUCGAGUCCACCAACUUUAAAGCCAGAGCAACGGCUGCGGGCGCGCCGC